AUGCCGUGCUUCUGGACCCUCGCGUUUGCAGUUAUUUGUUUCGCCACGGGAGCAAUUGCGUCGGAGGAGCAGUUUCGUCUCAUCGAUGACAUCUUUUACAAGAAGCGAUACAACAAGGUGGUCCGGCCUGUCAUUAACGAGACCACGCCCAUACUGAUCACCACGGAGCUGUACCUGAGCCAGAUCAAUGACGUUAAUGAGAAAUUUCAGACGAUCAGCACCAUGGUGUGGCUAACACAGCGUUGGACGGAUGAAUAUCUGCAGUGGGACCCGGAGGAAUACAACGACCUGACGGCUAUUCGGUUGCCUUCCAGCUUGGUGUGGUUACCAGACACGGUGCUCUAUAACACUCGUGAGACGUCCAACGCGCAGCUGAUGUCCAUCGAAACCACGAUGAUCAUUAACCACGACGGUAGCAUCGACUGGAGUGCACCCAUCACCUUGAUCAGCCAGUGUAGCGUCAACGUUAACUUCUACCCUUUCGACGCCCAGAGGUGUAAGCUUAAAUUCGGCUCUUGGCAGCACGACGCCAGGUUUAUCGACUACCCGGAAGCAAUUGCCGAUGCAAGCAUGUACCAACAUAACGGAGAAUGGGACACAUUUGAGAUGUCAGUCAAGCGCAACGUCAAGAUCUAUGCCUGCUGCCCGGACAGGCAGUACCCCGACGUGACCUUCACGCUGAUCCUGCGCCGCAAGCCGCUGUUCUACGUGGUCAACCUGAUCAUCCCGUGCGCCCUCAUCUCCGCCAUGUCCAUGGUGGAGUUUAUCCUGCCCUGCAACUCCGGGGAGAAGGUCUCGCUGGGCAUCACGGUGCUGCUGUCGCUGACGGUGUUCAUGUUGGUGGUCGCGGAGAACAUGCCGGCCAACAGUGAUGAUAUACCUAUCAUUGCACGAUACUACAUCGUGACAAUCUUCCUCGUCUCCUUCUCAACCUUCAUGACGGUGAUCGUGCUCAACCUCCAUCAUCGCAAGUACCGAGUACCAAACUGGGUGCACAGUAUAUUCAUUGGCGGUCUGGCUCCCGUCUUCUGUCUCAAGGUAAGCAGCCGCCGUACCAAGAACAUCUACAACAGCCGGAAGCACCACUUCCAGCUGGUGCCGACAGCUAGCACGGCCACCACGUACCUGGACCAGGACUCCUACAUGUCCAAGGAGGAAGCUUCCAGCAUGAACAACACUCCUGCUCACGGGCAUACCGAGGCCCCGUACACAACUCAGAGCCAACCUCGGAGGCCGUGGGACUGGAAGGAGCAAGCCCUGAUGGACUGCCUGACCAACGUCCGGUUCCUGGCCCAGCGGUUCGCCGAGAGAGACCGCGAAGAAGAGAUGGCCAAUGAGUGGCAGAGCGUGGCCAAGGUCAUGGAUCGCUUCUUCCUGUGCGCAUACAUCAUCUGUGUGGUGGUCAUGGAUGUGGUCAUCGGCAUGCAGAUCUUCCAGGAUCACGGCAUCACCGACGAGGCGCUGAAAUCGGCCGAAUAAAACUGGUAACUGUUUCAUCUGUGAACGUUUGUGUAGCGGUUUGCUGUAUGCACUGGCGGUUUGACUGGCUGGGUAGUUUAUGGAAGACAGACCUGACUGCAAGGAUCAUCGAUGAUUCAAGUAAGUGACUUUAUUGGAUUAUGGUAAACCAAGACUACGGUUUGUGAUGGUUAAGUGAUUUGCAGCAUCACUGGUUCUUAGGUACCUUCGUGACUGGUUAAUGGCUGUAAUGGAAAAUAUGGAGGAAUAAUAAAUGAUUCAAAUAAGUGACUUUAUUGGAUCAUGGUAAACUAAGACUACGGUUUGUGAUGGUUAAGCGGUUUUUCAGCGUCAACUGGCUCUAGGUUACCUCCUUGGGUGGUGGAUAGCUAGUUAUUGGAAAAUAUGGAGAAACAGCAAUGGUUAAACUAGGCCUACAUGUUUAUGUUUAACUUUACGUUUUAUGGAGCGUGGUUUACUGAAGAAUUUGGAUAUUUAACUAGAACAGCUUAUGGUGCAGAGUAACCGUCUUGAACUCACCAAUUUCGAAAAUUGGGUUAAAUAUUAGUUAAUAAUCCUUACUAGUGCUCAAGUUGGAUGCAAGGUUAUGAGUUAGUCCGAGGUAAAAGGUUCAACCGUUCCAGAGGGCAAUUAUUGUGAAAUCGGUGCUUGUGGAUACCAAUUCCAGCCGUAAGAGUACAAAGGACAUUUUGUUAUUCACUGAAAUGGUAUCGCCCACGCGAUACCGGUUUUCAAUUACAGUGAUGAAAAUACGGAGUUUGUAUGAUAUAGGUGAGCUGCCGAUGUCACUGAAAUAAGGUUGUUAAAACAACUUUGCACGAACCUCAAGGCGGCAGAAAGAUGGUAUGUUUACAGGAAAAAUUACUAACAAUUGUUAAUACAUUCUAAAUAUUCACAUUAUCAUUUGAUCUUUAUGUAAAUAGCAUCGUGUUGUGAUAUUUGAGACUUAGUCUAUAAAGGUGCAAAUGGUGAAAGGGAUCGGGCAUUGAGAUGGAGUGGAUUAACUUGAGAUAAUUUUGGAGUAACUUUGAAACAAAUUGCGGAGGAGUCAUGAGCACGUUCAGUUUUAACCGUCAAUGACAUUUUAAACAAAUGUCAUAUCAGUCUUGUAGCUGGCCAUAAAAGAUGUCAGACACUUUUAAUUCGUACAAAUUGACGUCAACAAAAAGGUUUUGCGUAUGAACGUGUUCCACCUGUGGAUCCAACUGCUGGUACAGUGUACGUGAGUGACUAUUGACCUACUUGACAAGUGUAUUGUGCAUAUUUUAUGAAUGUUUUACCUAUAGAGGUUGUGUUAAGCUGGGAGUUUGUACAUAUAGGGUGCAUUUUUUUUCUCAUGCUCAAGCGAAAGUCUUGGAGUGAAGUGAGUUUUUUAUGAACGCUUUGAAAAAGAAACUAUUCAUAACUUAGUCUUGGUUAGUUCCUUGUAUACACAACUGUACAGUGAAUUGUACUACCCUUUUCCUUAAGUGUAAACUAAUUAAGAUAAAUAAAGGUUGCCUAUUGUAUCUAAUGUCGUGUUCCAAAUAUCACCUUGAUGGUGCUCUUUUGUGCAUAUGGUUUUUGAAUGUUAAUGGAUGUUUUAAUGCUCAAUAUCUUUCCCCAGUACAACCACGUGUUAUUUG